GUUGUUUGUUGUUAUUUCUGGACGUUUCAUUGGUUCCAGGCCAGACCCCAGACCUGUCAACUCGAUCUCUUUGUUUGUUUUAAUUUUAAAGUUUUCUGGUCUUUGAAGCGAUUGAAACCAAACUUGUGAACGAAAGAGCUCCUACUCUUAACUACUGACCUCUUACGUCUCGUUUUAACCAUUCAUUUUUUGCGAGAAAAUUUCACGCGAAGUGCAUCGUCAUACAGAAUCACCUUGAUCCUUAAAAAAUGUCUGUUAAGCUGCACUUAGGAGUGAGAACCACUCCAGGGAGUUUUAAACGCGUCACCCUUAAUAAUGUUAAUCCAUCCGCCAAAAUUAGCGACCUGAAAGUGGAAGCAGGCAAAGUAACUAGCCUUCCCAUGGAAAGUUUAGAACUUUCAUAUUGCGGUAACAUUUUGGAAGAUGAACAAACAAUACUGGAGUGUAACCUUCAGUCUGGCGUCACCGUCCAUGUGUUGAAGAAACACGUUCCUACUGACUUUUCCAAACAAGUAGAGAAAAUGACAGCUACACAAGUCAAACAGUUAGCUGGGACAUUUACUGUAAUAUUCUUGGAUCCAGCCUACAGUAAUACAUUGCAUGAACUUAUGAAGCAGCCAAACCAAACAGAAAAUCUCAUGUUGGUUCAUCCUGCCCUGAAGGACGAUCCAGUUGCUGUGGCCAUUCUGCAGGACCCUGUACUCAUGGAGCGCAUAGCUGAUUUACCCACAGCUGAAAAAAUUGCCAAACAUCACCCUGCUCUAGCUGAAACAGCUAACUAUAUUGCAAAAGCAGUUGAAGAGGAAGCUGCAAAACCAAAUACUACUGCACCUGCUCAGCCUGUAAACUAUAAUGAUGCCAACUAUCCAUACCAUAUGGAAGAUUAUACUGAUGAAGAAGAAAUGGAUUCUUCCCAGGUAAAUUCAAAUUCCUCAGAUUCUGUUGCUGUUCCGACUCAUGGGCCUCGUGGGCAAAUUACUAGCUCACAACUUGCAGCAGCUCUAGCAUCUGCUACAGGAGGCUUUUCACCAUUUAAUCCAGCUUUUCCUGGACCAUCUCAAGCUUCAACAUCAUCUGGUCAAAGCAGUAGCUCUGGAUCUGCCAUUACCCCUGAUAUGCUGCAAAGUGCUUUGGCAAGUUUCAGUUCAUCUUCAAGUAGCUCCCCAAUGAUGCCUCCACCAAUGAUGCCUCCACCUCCUCCUCCACCUCAAACACAAUUAAAUAGCAUGGGAAUGACUCAGGCCCAACAAAUUCAACAAAUGCAUGAGGUAGGACUCCGCGAUGAUUUAGUCAACGUNCAUGCCCUCUCUAUCACUGGGGGAGACGUCCAGGCUGCAAUCAAUCUAGUACUGAGUGGUGUAAUUACUGGUGAUGAUGAUGACCAGUGAUUUCUUUCAGCUUCAUUCUUUGAUAUCCCAUUGUUUAAAUAAUUGGCACACCAGCAAACAUAAACUAAUCCUGGUCAAUCAAAAGUUCCAAUAGUUUGUUUGCUGUUAGGCUAAUGAAUGAUUAUUGUGAUUCUCUUAAGUGUGAGGAAGAGGUAUUUAUUUAGUGUGUUUUUUCUUUUUUUAGUAAAUUCUAUGUAAAUGUUUCUUAUCUUGUUUAUAGAUAUCAAUGAAAAGUAGGAUUAAAUUAAAGUUAUAGUCAGAGAAGAA